UAAGUAUGAGGUGGGACUUGGCUCCCAUUUCAUAGAAUUCGAAGGGAGGCGGGUCGCCGCCUGUGACAGUCUUUUCGAGGAGGAACUACGGUAGACUAUCUGUGGCUAAGUUGCUGGAAGCAGACCUGAAGACAUGUGUGGAAUCUUUGCCUACCUGAACUACCACGUGCCCCGCACACGGCGGGAGAUCCUGGAGAUCCUCCUGAAGGGGCUGCAGCGACUGGAGUACCGCGGCUACGACUCCGCAGGCGUGGGCAUCGAUGGAGGGAACAGCAAGGACUGGGAAACGAACGCCAGGUCUAUUCAGCUGAUCAAACAGAGGGGCAAAGUCAAGGCACUGGAUGAAGAGAUUCACAAACAGCAGGACAUUGACCUGGAUGUGGAGUUUGACGUUCACCUUGGCAUUGCCCACACUCGCUGGGCCACCCAUGGAGAACCCAACCCUGUCAACAGCCACCCACACAGAUCAGACAAGAAGAACGAAUUCAUUGUCAUUCACAACGGAAUCAUCACCAACUACAAGGACCUGAAAAAGUUUUUGGAGAGCAAAGGGUAUGAAUUUGAGUCGGAAACGGACACCGAGACCAUCGCCAAGCUGGUGAAGUACAUGUACGACAACCGUGAGAGCGAUGACAUCAGCUUCACCACGCUGGUGGAGCAGGUCACCCAGCAGCUGGAAGGAGCUUUCGCCCUGGUCUUCAAAAGCGUGCACUACCCUGGAGAGGCAGUAAGCACCCGGAGGGGAGGGCCCUUGCUGAUCGGAGUGCGGAGUGACCACAAACUCUCCACUGACCACAUUCCCAUCCUGUAUCGCUCGACUGGCAAGGACAAGAAGGGCUGCACCAGCCUGCCCAGGCUGGACCAAGACACCUGCCUGUUCCCCGUGGAGGAGAAGGCCGUGGAGUACUACUUCGCCUCUGAUGCCAGUGCGGUGAUUGAGCACACCAACCGCGUGAUCUUCCUGGAGGACGAUGACGUUGCGGCCGUGUCGGAGGGACGCCUGUCCAUCCACAGGAUCAAGCGCACGGCUGGAGACCACCCAGCACGCGCCAUCCAGACCCUGCAGAUGGAGCUGCAGCAGAUCAUGAAGGGUAACUACAGCUCCUUCAUGCAGAAGGAGAUCUUUGAGCAGCCCGAGUCAGUGGUUAACACCAUGAGAGGAAGAGUGAACUUUGAUGACAAUACGGUAACACUGGGUGGACUGAAGGACCACAUCAAAGAGGUCCAGAGAUGCAGACGCCUCAUCCUCAUUGCCUGCGGGACGAGCUACCAUGCUGGAGUGGCUACUCGACAGGUGCUGGAGGAGCUGACUGAACUUCCUGUCAUGGUGGAGUUGGCUAGUGACUUUUUGGACAGGAACACGCCUGUUUUCAGAGACGAUGUGUGCUUCUUCAUCAGCCAAUCAGGUGAGACCGCAGACAGCCUGAUGGCCCUCAGGUACUGUAAGGAGCGCGGCGCCUUGACCGUGGGCAUCACCAACACAGUGGGCAGUUCCAUCUCCAGGGAGACGGACUGCGGCGUCCAUAUCAACGCUGGACCGGAGAUCGGAGUGGCCAGCACCAAGGCGUACACCAGUCAGUUUGUGGCCCUCAUCAUGUUUGCUCUGAUGAUGUGUGCUGACAGGAUCUCCAUGCAGCCACGCAGGAGAGAGAUCAUCCAGGGCCUGAGAGUCCUGCCAGACCUGAUUAAAGAGGUGCUGAGUCUGGAUGAUGAAAUCCAGCGGCUGGCUACGGAGCUCUACCAGCAGAAGAGUGUCCUUAUCAUGGGCAGAGGCUACCACUACGCCACCUGCCUGGAGGGAGCUCUGAAAAUCAAGGAGAUCACGUAUAUGCACUCUGAGGGCAUCCUGGCUGGUGAGCUGAAGCAUGGACCUCUAGCACUGGUGGACAAGCUGAUGCCCGUCAUCAUGAUCAUCAUGAGGGACCACACGUACAACAAGUGCCAGAACGCCUUGCAGCAGGUGGUGGCACGACAGGGCCGGCCUAUCGUCAUCUGUGACAAGGACGACUACGAGACCAUCAAGAACUCAAGCCGCACCAUCAAGGUGCCGCACUGCGUGGACUGCCUGCAGGGCAUCCUCAGCGUCAUUCCCCUGCAGUUGCUGUCCUUCCACCUGGCCGUGCUCAGGGGAUAUGACGUGGACUUCCCAAGGAACCUGGCCAAAUCUGUAACCGUGGAGUGAAGACGCCCCCCUUCCUCUCCACAGAGCCCCAGAGUGUGACUGUUCACCUCAAACACACACACACACACACACACACACACACACACACACACACACACACACACCUGUGCAGGAACCGAUCUCACACUCAGCUGACAUGAAGAGUGAUGAGGAAAUCAAGUCAACACGUAUAAGCAUUGAUGAAGAAAUCAAGUCAACACAUAUAAGCAUGUGUUGUUUAGUCUGACAGGUCUUUUUAAAUUGAAUUAUUACUUUCAUAUUCAAGGACCUAUACAAAGCUGUUUUUUCCUCCCUUAGAUUAUUGUACAUGACUGUUUGUUUUUGUCAAUUAUGUUCCUUUCUUUUUUUUAAGUGUCAGUGGUGGCAGGGUAUGGGUAUGCACUUGGUUGGCAUGUAGCUGCUUUCGUCCUGGGAUAACUGGACUUCUGACCUUUUAAACUCUGCUCCGGGGCCUGCUUUAUCCAGAUGUCUUUUUCUCCGGAACUGUCUGUGGUUACAGAAUGAGUCCACAUUAGAUAGUCACUAAUGUCGCAGUCAGGAGUUCAGCCAGAACUCUUGGCGUUUCUCUCUUGAGCAGAGGGGGUUGGUGUUUGGAUGUUACUAGGGGGAUAUUUUCACAAAUGAAUAGAUGUAAUUGUUGAUUACAGGACAGUAAGGGGGGGGGGGGGGGGGUAUUAUUCUCUGUUGCUAAGUGGUAAUAAUGUAAGAAGUAUGUGUACUCUGAUGGUUGCUCUGUUACUUAGCCAUGCUAGAAUGAUGUAAACAUGAGGUGGUGAAGAUGCGCUCGCCAUCUUUUAUAUUGAUUUAAGUGUAGUAGAUCUGUAAACAAGACAUCAGGCUGCGACAAGCUCAGUUAUUAUCCAAAAAUUACCCACAGUCCUAACAUGUCUGUUUGUAUGUGUGUCGUCUGAAUGCAUUCCAGAGUGUGAUGGGAAAUGUUCCCACACAAGAAGGACAUUUUUGCCAACUCUAACUGUGUGUGCUGAUAGAUCUGCCAGUGACCUUGUAUAAAACAAUCCUGCCUACAGAGUACAUGCUGUUAUUUUGAUUUUAUUAUUUUCAAGUAGUACAGAAGAGGCUAAUGCAGGCUUGUCACUGUUCAAGGGUAUUGAUGAGGGAGAGGAGAGUGUAUGUUAAAAUAGACGCCCAAAAGAGACCAGGGAUCUGUGCAAUGUAUAGUUCUAUACAUGAAGUGCAAACACUUGAGACUCCACUACAGUGAUGAGGGCCAUGGUCUGCGGAGAAAAUUUGUGUGAGAGACUCUUGCCAACAUGAAACUGGGUCACCGAAUCGAGAGAAAUUUUUGGCCCGGUGAUCGAGGCCAGUAAUCUGAGACACAAGUCAGUCAUUUCUGAUUAGCGGAUAGACAACCUUGUUGGUUCAGAGGAGUAUGGUCUUUAUUUGCUGCUUUUCGUAGUGAUGAUUUUUUCUGUUACAAUAUCAGAACCUGGUACACAUUUGCAUACAUCAUGUGCUUGGCUGUGAAAAUCAGGGUUUUUUCAUUCAUUAUUAGGGCCUGAUUAAGUUAGUUUGAGUCGGUGUUGACUUAUUGCUUGGUUGUCUACGUUUGCAUAGUUUGAUAGCUCUGUUACGAUUUUCUUUCUUUAAAUAGUUAUUUAUUGAUUUUUGUGUUGCUUUUUAGUUUGUGGUGUUGCAUGCUUUGUCUUGUGUAUGCCUUGUUACUGAAGCGGCCCUGGUCAUUAUGGGUGGGGUCUUAUGUUUACAGUAGAACAGCCAACAGCAAGUGAAUAUCUAAUGAAGUUUGUUACUGACAUUGUUUUGCCCACACAAGUUUACCCAUACCGUGCCACUCAUUUACAUUGUCUUACCAUGGGACCAUUGCUUUAUGUUUUGUUGUUUCUUUUUGAGUUUUUUUUUUUUUAUAUAUAUAUAUACUACAAAAUAUUUAGAUUUUUUUAUUUUUAAUUAUUUUGAAAUAUGUUUUUAAUCAAUUGCUUGUGUGCUCUGAAAUGAUGUUUGGAUGCCGAUGUGAAUGUUACGUACUUAUCCCCCCUCAUAACCAUGCGUUAGAAACAGGUCAGUGAGAAACAAACCAAAAAAAGGAACAGUGUACAUCCCAGUAUGUUACUUAACCAAAGGUAUUGUAUUAAAGGCAGGGUUGAUUUUGAAGGGGCUCCAUUUUUUUGCAAAAGUAAAGUAUACAGUGUAGUGUGUAAAACUGAUUAUUUUAUGACUGGUAAGCAAUCUGAUACAUGCACAAUCCAUGAUUUCCAUUACAACUCAUUCCUUUUUUUUUUUUUUGACUUGUCACUUGAAAAUGCUUUUAUAUGUAGUCUUAUCACAAAUGUAGCUGCACUGAUUGCGUUAAUCAUAAUGUUACUCUUCACUUUACUGGUCAAGAGUGAGAACGGCAAUUAAGAUGGAAGUAGAGAUUAAUUUACUGGCUAUGAGUGUGUCUUUCAUGUGUGAUAGAUUUUUAGUGGGUAUGUCAUGUAAUUAUGUGAGCCCUUUACAGCAACAGCCACCAUGCCGUGGUUGGGUAUGAGGACCUAUUUAUGAUUACAACUGAUGCAAUAAAAAGUUAUACUCAA